AUGGCAGCCUCCCAGCUGGCGGCACUGGAAGGGGUGGAGUUGGGAGCCAGUGAUCCCCCCCUGACUAAGAACAUCCCCAGCUGCCUGUAUUCCGAGGGCCAGCGGCUGGCCCUGGAUGCUCUGCUGAGCAAUGGCACAGAGGCCUUCCAGGUGUGCAUGCAGCGUGAGGGGCUGCGGCCCUUCCUGAGCAGUGAUGAGCUCCAGGGCCUGGCACUGGCAGCGGAAGACUGGACAGCAGCUAGGCAGGAGCCCAGCAGGGCAGCCGAGGGAGACAGCACCGCGGCCGCAGAGGGGGACCUGGGCAGCCUGACCUACUGGCCUGGACAGUCAGAGGAGCCGGCGCCCCUGCUGCGGCUGGGCUGGCCAGAUGAUUCUGUCUGGAAGGGGAUCACCCGGGCACAGCUGUACACACAGCCCCCGGCCGAGGGCCAUCCACCCAUCAAGGAGCUGGUGCGUCAGGAGAUCCACGCCGCCCACAAGCUGGUGGCAGUGGUCAUGGACAUCUUCACCGACCCAGACCUGCUUUUGGACCUGGUGGACGCCACCAUGCGCCGCCGGGUUCCUGUCUACCUGCUCCUGGACCGCCUGCAGCUGCCUGCCUUCCUGACACUGGCCCAGGAGCUGGGAGUGAAUCUCUGGGCCACUCGGAACCUGGAUAUCCGCGUGGUGCGGGGCUGCAGUUUCCAGAGCCGCUGUCGACGGCAGGUGAGUGGCAGCGUGCGAGAGAAGUUUGUGCUGCUGGAUGGAGACAGAGUCAUCUCGGGAUCCUACAGUUUCACCUGGAGCGACUCCCGCCUGCACCGUGGCCUGGUCAUCCUGCUGACUGGGGAGAUCACUGACGCUUUCAGCCAAGAGUUCCGGACACUGUAUGCGACCUCCUGUCCACUUCCGCCUCCGCCCACCCCAGGCCCCUUCAUCAGCACCCUGGGGGGGCUGCAGCUGUCCCAAAGCCCACACCGCGUGGCCCGCCGCUGCUCUGUGGCCCCACCACAGUGGACUUACAGGGCACUGGCCCAGCACCUAGCCAUCUGCACAUUGGAGGGGGACAGGCAGGAGACUCGGUCCACCCCAGGACUAGCACUCAGCGACAUCCUGAGGAAAACGGAGCAUGCCCGGCCCACCAGUGGCCUCCCUGACCGGCCCAGCUGCUCCCUGUGGGACCUGAGCCGCCUGUCGGACUCCAGUGAUGAUGACAACCAUGAGCUCAGGAAGUUCUGGGGCUCCAAGGACACCCCAGCCAAGGCCCUGAUGAGGCAACGGGGCACUGGAGGAAGCCCCUGGGGUGAGGCGGACUCCCGCUCUCUGUCCUGGGCUCAGCCCUGUGGCGGCCUGCUCUCCCAAACACCUACUGGCCGCCAGCUCUACCUGUCGCCCACCCGGAAGAGGUUUGGUGAAGAUGCUGCAUCCAAACUCCUAUAACCCAGAGGC